AUGUCUCUGUCUCUACAUUCUUCCUUCUUAGAAAUGUCGCUUUCGUGGCGUUCUUGGCCCAUCGCGGCGGCGUCUGACCUCAAGCCCCGCCCACCCCGCGCCCACUUCAGCUUCUCAUCGCUCUUCCACGGGCGUGAUGAGCGCGAUGGGCGGGAUGCGCCCUCCGCCCACGAGCCCCCUCUGCGACGCCCACACGAUGUCGUUCCCUUUUUGGAUCUGUCGCCUCUGCGCCCACUCCCGCCCCCCGCCCAUUCAGAAGCGGUUCCUCACGCCCCACGCGAUGGCAUGCCCCACCUGGAUCUCCGCCCACCGCCCGUCCUGGCCCACCCGGAUCCACCGCCUCAUAGCCUACCUGCACCUCACACGCGGCCUGGCCCACCUUAUGGCCCACAUACAGGCCUAACCAACUCUGGCCCACCACUUCGUAACCUACGUGGACAUCUAACCCACCCAGACUCACCUCCACAUAGCCUACACGCGGACCUAACCCACCGCGACCCACCACCUCAUAGCCUACGUGGACAUCUAACCCACCCAAAAUCACCUCCACAUAGCCCACAUGCAGACCUAACCCACCACGACCCACCUCUACAUAACCUACAUGCAGACCUAACCCACCACGACCCACCACCUCAUGGCCUUCAUGAAGACCUAACCCACCGCGACCCACCUUCACGCCCACCCUCUCCCCGCACCACUCGCCACUACAGUGAUUCGGAACAUGCGAGUGCGCACAAAAAACCUUACGAAUUCGAGUACGGAGUCAAGGAUGCUUACCACGGUACCUCUUACUCCAGGCAAGAGGAGAGUGACGGACACCAUACCAAAGGGCAAUACCAGGUGAGGCUCCCCGACGGGCGCCUCCAGACGGUCAUCUACCGCGCGGGCGUCGACGGCUUCCACGCCGAGGUCGUGUACGAGGGAGAGCCUCACUAUCCGAAGGGGAAGCCUCUGGAGGGUUCCUUGCCGUCCGCCCGUCCCCCGUCGCCCGCCCACGCCGCCAAGCCUCCUCAUGCCGUGUCUAAGCCGGUUUACACGUCGCCGAAGCCGGUUUACACGACGCCGAAUUCGGUCUUUUCCAUUACGGGAAAGCCGGUUCAUACUCUGCCGAAAAUAAGCUUCACCACAUUUAAGCCAGCCUCCUACGCCUCAGUCCACGGCGCACCACACCACACUAAGCCAAAGCCGAUUCUCAGCACGCCAAAGCCAGUCCAUGCCUCGCCAAAGCCAAUUCACACGACAUCGAAGCCAUUUCAUACAACUCUGAAGUCAGUUCAUGGUACACCAAAGCCAGUCCAUGGUACGUUAAAGCCAUUCAUUACAACACCAAAGCCAGUCCAUGCAAAGCCAGUCCUCAGCACAUUAAAAACAGUGCUCACAUCUCCCAAGCCAGUUCACAGUACUUUCAAGCCAGCUAUCACGACACCGAAGCCAGUUCACACUACACCACAUGUCACACCAAAGCCAAUCCACAGCACACUCUAUACUUUAGCAAGGCCGAUCAAAACCACUUCGAAGCCAUUCCUAGGUCAAAUCACAUCUAAGCCACACCACGCUACGUCCGGCCCACUGCUCACCACACCAAAGCCACUCCACUCCACUACUCUUGGACCAGACUUUCACUCCACUCCGCUGUCACUGUUCACCAAAACUCCCGAACAGUUUUUCGGCAUCGAUCCAAGCCACCCUAAGGAACCCGUGCCUGUUUACAUCGUUACAGGAAAGCCAUUCUCCACCACGCUAAAGCCAGCUUACCACGUCAGUCCAGAAUCGAUUUACCACACUGCCAACCAGGAACUCUUCCGAAUUACAGCGAAGCCUUCUCUUGCCACAACCCAGAAGCCAGGAUUCCAAAAUACACCCAAAUCGGUUCAUACUGUGUCACCAAAACCGACACACCACACUUCCCCGAAGCCACUCCAUGUAAGUAAGCCAAACGUCGUAACUACACCCGCGACAGUAAGCCUCGGAAAGGUCCCACUUUCUCCAAACAAAGGACCACUUGUCCCUACCAAAGGACUUGUUGAUCCAGUACACCAAGGCAUAAAACCUGUCCUCCAUAAUCCGCCACCGAUUACACAUCCGAAGGAGCCAGUCCAUCACAAGGAUCCGAUUUUGCAUGAAAAACCUCCACCCAUUCCCCAGACGACGAGCCUCCCUCCCCUUGCAGACAAGCCCUUCGCCCCGAGUCUUCCGCCGACCUUGGCACCGCCUCCAGUCCCGAACCUCCACACGUCGCCCGUACCCCAUCAGGGCACCAAGGGAGAACACGCACCAAAUUUAGCCAUCCAGACAGACCCUCAUCUUGCACUUACGCCCACAACGACUAUACGACCUCCGCAGGUGCCCUUGGGUGUCACGUUGCCAACGCAAUUGCCGGAUUUCGGGCCGUUGCCUAAACCCAAGCCGAUUCUUGUUCCGCACGCCGAAGCCUCGCCUGAGCACCCUCUGCUACCUCGCCCGACUAGACCACACCACGGACUUGGCACACGUGUCCCCCUUCACACCUCAUCCAAACUCCCCGUGACAUCCAUUCCAACAAGACCAACGAUUAUCCCCGGUGGCGUUCCAGUCUCCCAGGCCUUGCCUCAUCCAGCAAGGCCACACAAUGGCCACGGCCUCAUUCCAGUUUCCCAAUCCGUUCCUAGUCUUCCACCAAGACCACACAAUGGUGAUCGCCUCAUCCCGCAUUCCCCACCGUUCCCAAAUAAGCCCGUCAAGACCCGCCCAACCCUAAUACCACACAGCGUGCAAGAACACAGCCUGCCGCAUUCCCUGUCCGACCUCCCUCCAGAGCCCCUCCCGCCACGUCCACACGAGGAGAAAGACCGCCUUCCGCCCUUCCACUCACUAUCAGAUCGUCCUCUAAGGCCCACUCGCAUUAAGGACACGCAGUCCCCAUUCAGACUGCCCUUGGAAACUCAGUCGCCGAUACCUGAAGGCGAAGCCACCCUAUUCACGUCCUCGCCAAAGCCAACGCUGACGCCGCCCUCUUCCAUACUCCCGACGGACGAAAUCCACUCUCUCCUCGAGGGACCUUUAAGCCCCCUCGUCACUCCCGACCCCUUCAGCAUACACGCUCAGUCCGCCACUGGCUCGCACCCCCUUGUGACGGAGCCAGCGGUGGCGGACGACCUCCACCUCCGACUGAAGUUCAAGGAGCCGCUGUUUCGUUCGGACAGGCCCCUGCUCGCGACGUCUCGAAUAAAACUCGAAUCUCGGGAAAAACUCGAGGACUCGGGUGAUUCUGAGGUCGAUUCGCGCUGA